AUGGACAAUGUCGACUCCAAGGCGACCUGCCUCACUGACAAGUACGCCAACGCCUACAGCGACUUCUAUGGCAGCGGUACUCCCUGCGUCUUCAAAUCUGGCCCUGCCUGGCACGUCCGCGAGGGCCCUCAGGCCCAGGGCAUCGUACGUGAGGCUCGCCCGGUCUACCGCCACGCCAUUGGCCCCACUUGGCUUGCUAUCGGCAAGCGCAUCUACGACAACCUCGACUCUGAUGGCGUGCAGUGGACGUCGAUCAACCCCCUCGCCUACGCCGAUGCCGGGGAGGCCAAGCCCUUCUGUCCUCUCAUCCUCUCCAUCGGUGUGAAACCCCACUCCCUCCUCUACCAUGCCGCUGGCAUCCUUACUGAGGCUGGCUUCCCCACCAUCGAGGUGGCCUUUGUUGAGUCGGUAGUAACUCGUUCCUUUGCUGUCGGCCCCAAGCUCCUCUCAUUCGACCCCCUUGACGACGUCUCCGACCUGCGAAAGCCAUUCACCGCCGCUCUCGGUCUCUCCAUUGCACCCCUCAAGUACCCCGAGUUCGAAGGCACAGCCGCUCUCUACUUCCGCCUUGGCAAAGACGACAAGCGCACCGCGAUCCUGACUUGCGCCCACGUUGCCUUCCCCCCUCCUGUCUACGCCAACAUGAAUAUGGCACGUAAGAAGACACGCCCAACUCGUCAGAAGUUCGUCGCGCUUGGUUACACGGGCUACGACAACGCCAUCACGGCCAUGAUAGUCACCAUCGGCAACCUCCUCCGCUCCAUCGAAGGCUGGAACGACACGCUUGGCAGGCUGGGGGAGCCCGUCGAGGGAGAGAACAGCAAGGUCACCGAAAGGCGCAAGGAGCACGUGGAGUUGGUGGCGAAGGCAAUGAAGAAGAUCAAGGAGGUGAACGCGCUCCACGACGAGGUCACCAGGUACCGUACCACUCCUAACUUGCGCGUUAUUGGCUUCGUGCGUCACUCCGAGAACAUCGAGGUCUCGGACGGGCCUCACAAUUUCACCAAAGACUGGGCUUUAAUCGAGCUGUACGACAAGAAGAUUGACUGGGCUACGUUCAAAGGCAACAAAGUUUACAUCGGCGGUAACCUCUCGGUCGCUGACUUUCAUAACACAAUGUUUCCUCAUCCCGUCGAUCAAGCGAACUACCAGUACCCACAGGAUGAUCUUCUCCAGGCCUACAGCGUCAUCCAGGACGACGAGAUCCACGACCCCCAGCACCUCGACGUCUACGGUGAGAAGUGCCUGCUCGUCGUCAAGAAUGGGAUGUCCACGGGUACCACCGUCGGUCGCGCCAACGGUCUCGAGUCCUUCACCCGCAUCUACGAUGAAUACGGCACCAAGCACACCUCCAUCGACAUCGCCGUCUUGUCCUACGACAAGACACGCGGCAAUUUUUCCCAUGCUGGCGACUCCGGGUCCAUCAUCCUCGCCAGGGAUGGUCGCAUCGUCGGAAUCCUCACCGGUGGUGCAGGCCCUGCUGACGAGACCGACAUCACGUACUUCACCCCCUACUGGUGGGUCGAACAGUAG